UCCAUAUUACACACACACGCUCUCUCUCUCUCUCUCUCUGUCAAUUCCCCCCUUCUCCUUUCUUCUUCCUCCUCCAAAUUCUUGAUCUCUCCAAUGGGCUCUCUGGACUCUAGCUCCAAAACCCAAGUCCAAGCCCACCACAAAGACAAAGUCAUCACCCAAGUCAGCAUCGCUGGCUUCGACGCCCAGACCACGGCCGAAAGUCUACACCUUUCCCUCGAAAAAUCCCUCAACUGCGUCAUUUGGCGAUCACGCUUGAAAUCCUCCUCAACUCCUCCCGAUUCCUACCCCGAUUUCGAAUUCCCAAACCCUAAGCCCACAAGCAAAAAGCCCACCAAGUCUUCGCGGGCCCCCGUCGUCCCUCACGCUUUCCUCCAGUUCGGUACCCCCGCUGGGGCCCAACGGGCCAUCGACGCCGCUGGCCGAUGCGAGCUCCUCGUCGGACAGAAGCCCGUCGUGGUCCAAUCAAGCGCCGACUCCUUGCAUCGAAUCAAUCGCCGGAGACAGAUCAGCCCUUUCGUGUUCAAAGAUGUUUGCUUCGAGAUCGGGUCUCUUGUGGGCCCCUCGGAGUUCGCCGUCGCUUGGCGUCUCGACCCGAAACCCGACAACGCCGUCGAGUUCCUCGUCGACCCUUUUGAUAGUUCUUGUAAGUUGAUGUUUUCUCGGGAAGUUGCUUUUACGGUGAAAGGUACCAAAGAUGUCGACUUUAUUAGAUGUAAUCUGAAGCUGGAGUUCCUGUUGAGGGAUGUGAUGGAGGUGAAGGUGACUACGGAUGCAAUGCCGUUUGUCUUUUUGAUUCAGAUGGGUCUUGGGGCCGCGCCACUGAUUUAUUAUAGGACGGCCGACGAUGACAUCCACGACACUUCGACGGGGCAUUUGUUGGAUGACGAGGACCCUUGGAUCAGGAGUACAGAUUUUACCCCCAAUGGAGCAAUUGGGAGAUGCAAUUGUUACAGAAUUUCAAUGUCGCCGAGGUUUCGGGGGAAGCUGGAGAAGGCGUUGGCGUAUAUGAGGGAGAGGAGGAUAGAGGGGUUGAGGCCUGAGAGGCCUAUUUUGGUCAAGGAUGAAGGGAACCCGGGUUUCGUCUCUUCUGACCCUUUCUUCUGCUUUCACAAUAAGGAAGGGGUUAGCUUUGUGAAUAUGUUUAUGGUGAAUGCUUUGGUUCAUAAAGGGAUCUUUAAUCAACAUCGGCUGACCGAGGAGUUCUUUGGGUUGCUGAGAAAGAAGAGUGAAGUUUUGAAUGAUGUUGCCCUUAGGCACAUUUAUGGGUACAAGAAACCCAUAUUUGAUGCGUAUGGGAGGUUAAAGAUGGUCCAAGAUUGGCUCUUGAAGUUUCCAAGGUUAAUCAAGGCGCCGAUUCCUAGUGAUGAUAACAUGGAAGUUAGGCGAUUGGUUAUAACCCCGACCAAGGCUUAUUGUCUUCCUCCUGAAAUUGAGCUUGCCAAUAGGGUUUUGAGAAAAUACCGAGAUAUUUCGGACAGGUUUUUGAGAGUAACGUUUAUGGAUGAAGGAAUGCAGUCAUUGAACAUCCACGUCCUUAGCUUUUACCCUGCACCCAUUGUUAAGGAGGUCACGAUUAGUUCGUCCAGUCAAAAAACCACCAUGUUUCGAAGAGUCAGGGACAUUAUGUACAAAGGGUUUCACUUGUGCGGACGCAAGUAUUCGUUUCUUGCAUUUUCUUCCAACCAGUUGAGAGAUAAAUCUGCUUGGUUCUUUGCUGAGGAUAAGGGUACGAGCGUUCAGGAUAUAACAAGUUGGAUGGGUAAGUUUCAGAAUAAGAAUGUGGCUAAGUAUGCAGCUCGAAUGGGGCAGUGUUUUUCCUCCACUUACGCUACCGUCCAAUUGCAUCCUGGAGAAGUUAAUCAAAAACUUCCAGAUAUUGAAAAUGAAAAAUAUUGCUUCUCGGACGGGAUAGGGAAAAUUACCCCUGCACUUGCAACAGAAGUUGCUGAGAAGCUGCGACUGACAGAAACCCCCCCUUCAGCUUAUCAAAUUCGUUUUGCUGGUUGUAAAGGAGUGGUGGCUGUUUGGCCUGGAAACAAUGAUGGGAUUCGGUUGUCACUGAGGCCAAGCAUGAACAAGUUCCAAUCUUCGCAUUCUGUAUUGGAAGUUGUAUCUUGGACUAGGUUUCAACCGGGUUUCUUGAAUCGUCAGAUUGUGACCUUGCUUUCAGCAUUGGGUGUCGAUGAUGAUGUGUUCUCAAGGAUGCAAGAUUCAAUGGUUAGCAAGCUUGAUAAGAUGCUAAUAGACCCGGAUGUUGCAUUUGACGUCCUUACUAGUUCUUGUGCUGAGCAGGGGAAUAUUGCAGCUAUGAUGCUGAGUGCUGGAUUUACUCCUCAGACUGAGCCUCAUUUGAAAGCAAUGCUUUUGUGUAUUAGGCUAUCACAGUUAAAAGAUCUUUCAUCAAAAGCAAGAAUCUUUGUUCCAAAGGGAAGAUGGUUGAUGGGUUGCCUUGAUGAGCUUGGAGUGUUAGAAGAAGGGCAAUGCUUUAUCCAAGUAUCUAGCCCUUCUUUGGAGAAUUGUUUCUUGAAGCAUGGAUCCAAAUUUUCAGGGUCAAAGGUGAACAAGCAAGUCAUUGUGGGUACAAUUGCUUUAGCAAAGAAUCCGUGUCUUCACCCUGGAGAUAUUCGGAUUCUAGAAGCAGUUGAUGUGCCUGGUUUGCAUCAUCUUGUUGAUUGCUUAGUGUUUCCGCAGAAAGGAGAAAGGCCUCAUUCAAAUGAGGCAUCGGGAAGUGAUCUUGAUGGAGAUCUUUAUUUUGUUACAUGGGAUGAAAAUCUAAUUCCUCCAAGUAAAAAGAGCUGGCCGCCACUGGACUAUGAGCCUGCUGAGGCAAAGGAAGAACCACGCAAGAUUGUUCAUCAGCUUAUAGUCGAUUUCUUUGUGAGGAAUAUGUCCAGUGAGAAUCUUGGGGUGAUCUGCAAUGCUCAUGUGGUUCAUGCUGACCUGAGCGAUUAUGGGGCCAUGGAUGAUAAAUGUCUUAAGCUUGCUAAGCUAGCUGCCAUUGCUGUCGACUUCCCUAAAACCGGGGUAUUCGUUAAUUUGCCCGCUUCUUACAAGCCUAAACUCUAUCCUGACUUCAUGAACAAGGAUGAACACAUAACAUACAAGUCAGAGAAGAUCCUUGGAAGAUUAUACCGAAAGAUAAAAUCUGCUUCUGAUGAGGACAACUCUUCUGAGCUCAUUUCUGCUUACGAGGACUUACCAUAUGAUCAAGCUUUUGAUAUUUCAGAGGCAUUUGAUUAUCUCACUGAAGCCUGGGAAACCAAAUGUUCAUAUGAUCGACAAUUGAAUGCAUUGUUGGGGCAAUUCAGAGUUGAUAAAGAGGGAGAGGUUGUUACGGGGCAUAUUUCUUCUUUGGGAAGUUACAACAGCAGAAAACAAGGGGAGGUCAAAGAGAGGCUCAAGAAUGCAUAUUAUGCACUUAAUAAGAAAUAUAGACGCUCUUUUGAGGAGAUUGGGGGCCAUUUAUCUCAGCUAAGUUUAAGUGACGACGAGAGGAAUCAGAUAUAUGAGAGUAAGGCAGCGGCAUGGUAUCAAGUGACUUACCACCCGAAAUGGGUGAAGAAGUCUGUCGAAAUGAAGGAGGCCGAUGGAGAAAGGUUAGGCGUGAGAAAUUGA